CAAGUGCGCUGCCAUGACGACCAGGCAUGUUCCGAGCCGUCCAACCAAUCCGCAUGAUCGGACGGUCCUCUCGUGCCACUCUCACCGCCUGUUCUGCACUCUGGUUGGGCAAACCUCUGGAAGGACCCGCCCAUCCGGAGGCGUGCCAAGGUAAAGAGGAAGAGCGGCUGCCUCUUCGCUCUGACUGGCUAAUUCCAGCUCGAACAACCUUCUUGCAGCACAUAAUUGGUGCAAAUAAUUGUCAGUCCACAAAGUUCCUGUCUGAUUGGACAACAUACUCGGGGCCUCGGCGUGAGGAGGCGUUCCCCCAGUGUGCCGAGAGAAAUUAAUUUAGUGCGGUAAGCGCAGGGCAAGGAGAGAGGCGGUUGAGACAGUUUAUACAUUUCUGUUAACAUUGCCGAGAGAGAAGAAGAGACAUUCGGUCAUUAAACUGCGGUCAUCAUACGGUCAUGGAGAAGGCGGGGCCGGAGCACCCAUAUUGGCCGCGGGACCUGUCCGUUCCGGGAUACACGCCCAACGACCGCUCGGUGGCCGAGAUCCUGGCGUUCCUGUUCUCGGUGUCGGGGGUGCUGCUGGUGGGCACCUGGUGGGCGACGGGCCGGGCCGGGGGACUGAGCGGCGGGCGCAGGCUGGCGCUGUGCUGGUUCGCGGUGUGCGGCUUCGUUCACGGCGUCAUCGAGGGCUGGUUCAGCCUGAACUACCGCAGCCUGCCCUCGGACCAGUCCUUCCUGUCCCAGCUGUGGAAAGAAUAUUCUAAAGGAGACAGCAGAUACAUCAUAGCCGAUAACUUCACGGUGUGCAUGGAGACGAUCACGGCCUGGGCCUGGGGUCCGCUCAGCGUCUGGACAGUCCUGGCCUUCGUCUCCAGCCAGCCGUAUCGCUUCGUACUGCAGCUCAUCGUCUCUCUGGGUCAGCUGUACGGCGACGUGCUGUAUUUCUACACGGAGUACCGCGACGGCUUCUCUCACAGCCAGCUGGGACACCCCCUGUAUUUCUGGUUCUACUUCGUCUCCAUGAACGCGCUGUGGAUCGUCAUUCCCUGCCUGCUCAUCCUGGACGCCUGGCGGCACCUCAGUGUGGCUCAGGCCCUGUCGGACCGGGCCGGGAGAGCCCGCGGACGGCCCAAGAGAGAGUAGUGGAGGGGCCGCGGUGACGCAGCACAAAACUGUUGCGCCGAGGCUGGACUCCGUUCCCUGUCCCCCUGCGGAGACAGCUGGUCAUAUAACUAAUCCAGAUGAACAGGUUGUCUCUGAUAGAAGAUACCAGUAAACACUGAGGGAGUAGCUCAGGGCUGAAAGUUAACCAUUCCGUCACAAAACAAUGAUUUCUGAGCGUCUGAAAGGGGGGUCGAUUGUCUCUCUUUAUAUUGUGUCAUGUGAGACUACUGUAUAUUUCAGAUGAUGCAGAAAACACGGUGUGCUGUUAUCUGAAGGUCUUUCCAGAUGUUUAGCCCUGAGAUGUGAGCGCCUGUGAUCUGAUUCCCCAGUGAGUGAACAAGACUGUGCGACACUGUAUUUCCUCCCCUUCUGGACUUCCUGCCUGCCACCACGUUCCCCAGAAGCUGCUUUGUUAAAUGAUGAGUUGGCAGAAAUCCCCAUGAGAGUCAGCAAUCUGUGCUCUGAGCCCUUGGCUAAAGGAGAUGUCACAGCUAAAGAAUAAGGUGAAUGAAAUGGGAAAUAACCUGUGUGCACAAACCGUCAUCUCCCGGCACAGGGAGACGCAGUGCUGUCCUCUCUGGUGGUGUCUGUCUGUGCUGGUUUGUCAUCUUCAGGGCAAUGUGCCUGUUUUAAUUUUGCAGUCCGUGGAGGACAAUAAAAUCUAUUGAUUUUUCAAAA